AUGCUCACAAACACUCUUUCUUUGCUCGCCCUGGUUGGCGCAGCUCAAGCCCAUAUGAGCAUGUUUUACCCUGCACCUCUAGGUGGCGCUCCAUCUAUCAACAAACAGUCGGCCGAAGUCGACCCAGAGUUCAAUUUCCCACUUGGAUGCUGUGGUCCUGACGGUGGUGACUCCAGACCUAGCCCUGGUGUCUGCCGUGGUCACAUCGACAAGUUCGAUACCGAAACAGCCUCAGUAACCUGGACGGCCGGGCAAGAAGCCCAUUUCCAACUCACAGAUCACUCAUAUGACCCGGCGGCACCCGGCGGCACUCACUAUGGAGGUUCUUGCCAAGUUGGGUUCUCUGUCGACAAGGGCGCUACAUGGAAGGUUGCCGCUUCUUAUCAUGGUGCUUGUCCCAAGCAUACUGAAGACGGUUCGCCCGAAGCCCAGACCUUUGAUUUCAAGGUGCCUACGGGUAUGCCAGAGGGAGACGCUUUAUUCGCUUGGGUAUGGCUGAAUCGUGAGCAUGAAGCAUUCUCGAAUUGUGCUAAAGUCAACAUCGCCAGCGGCUCAGGAAGCCCACCAUCUGAGCCUGCCGCACCAUCCAAGCCGGCAACAUCUCCACAACCACCAUCUCAGUCAUACGGCGCUCAGCCCCAACAGCCGGACAACGAUGACAAGCCUGCACCGCCAGCAGUCACUCCUCAACCAUCACCCGAUCAGCCUGGAAACGGUGCUGCCACUACCAUCUACAAGACCGUUACGACCACAGUCGGUGCUGGCCCUGCUCCUUCAGUCAACCCUGACGAUGACUACGAGGAUUCUGAAGAUUCUGAAGACUCCGAAGACUCCGAGCAUGGAGAUGACUCUGAAGAGAUCGACGAUUCCGAGGAGCCCGAUGAUUCUGAGGAGACCGAGGACUCUGAAGAUUCCGAGGAUUCUGAGGGAUACAAGCCCCGGCGUCACACGCAUCCCCACCGCCAGGUCAACCCCAAUGCUCGUAGGUACGCAGUUGAAGGAUGGAGCUGUGAGUGCGUCCGCGAACCCUCCAACUCGCGCUGCUACUGCGACUCUUCCAACUUUUCUCCUGUUAAGCGUGCCGAGGUCGAGAAGAAGGCUCUCCGUAUGCACCGCCGCACCCUUUACAAGCGCAUUGAUGCUUGCGACUGGGCUUCCGCUCCUGCCAUGGAGACAUCGUACUACACCAUAGACGCCAAAUGUGCGCCCAACGCCAAGGCCAACACGCCCGAGAGCGAUGAGUUCGAGCUCGGCUGGGAUGUCAGCUGCGGUGUUGUCCAAGGCGAUGGAGAAUACAAGAUCAAGAUGAUGGAGUGCAACAUGUUUGGUGGUGGAUACUAA